AUGGAAAAUAAGCAUCUGGCGUCCAUUAUUCAAAGGCAGGACACUCCACUAAACAUUAGACCUGCCUCUCCUUAUACUCUUAAUCCACCCGUGGAGGCAGAUGGGCUAUCCUGGCCAAGUUUAGGUGCCAGAGCCCGGUCAGAGGAGAAUGAGGAGGAAACUGCACAACGUGCAGACCGCAUCGCAGAGGCCGUGAAAGUCAUUUUGACAGAAUUGGGUGAAGAUGUGACUAGAGAAGGCCUUCUAGAUACCCCCCAGCGUUACGCCAAGGCAAUGCUCUUCUUUACGAAAGGUUAUCAAGACAACAUUUUGAACGACGUCAUCAAGCAUGCAGUUUUCGAGGAGGACCAUGACGAAAUGGUCAUAGUCCGCGACAUCGACAUCUAUUCCCUGUGUGAACAUCAUCUCGUGCCAUUUUUUGGUAAGGUCCACAUUGGCUACAUUCCUAAUAAGAAGGUUCUCGGUCUAAGCAAGUUAGCCAGGCUUGCUGAAAUGUACGCUCGCAGAUUUCAGGUACAGGAGCGCUUAACAAAGCAGAUUGCCAUGGCUUUGAGUGAGCUUUUAAAGCCUAGAGGUGUCGCAGUCGUAAUUGAGGCCUCGCACAUGUGCAUGGUUUCUAGAGGUGUUCAAAAAACGGGCUCUUCGACCUUAACCUCAUGCAUGCUCGGCUGUUUCAGAGAGUCUCACAAAACAAGAGAAGAAUUCCUCAAUUUGUUGAGCAAGAAAAGCAUUUAA